ACAAACAAGUGGACUCCCGGCAGCUGGACCUGCUAGUCUCCUGGGCCCUCCUUCCCUGGUCCUGCAGGUCUUGCUGCUUGUCAGGCCUCUCCUCCAACCCUCUGCCACAUGUCAGAAAAGCUGAGAACCCCUUGGAGUGAAAAAGGAGAAGAAACACAGGGUUCAUAGCCAGCAGGAGGUUAAAUAAAUACUUUCACUUCUCUUUUCCCCAUUUGGGCGGAGCCCUUUCUGAGUCAGUCUGUCGGCUGACUUCCUGCUUGGGGCCUGAGCAGCCACACUGCACACAGGCUGGGCCCACGGAGGGGCUCAGAGGCCAGGCUCUGAGGCCCAGGCAGGGCCUAGAGUGAGAAGAUGGCAGAUGGUGGCAGCGACCUGAGCACCAGGAGUCUGAAUGAAUGUAUUUCACCAAUAGCAAAUGAGACGAACCAUCUUCCUGCACACAGCCACGGUUUGCAAAGGAUGUUCACAGAAGACCAGGAUGUAGAUGAGAGACUUCUCUGUGACGCUGUAUUCAAGCACUUCAAAAGAUAUAAGGUGGAGAUUUCAAAUGCAAUAAAAAAGACAUUUCCAUUCCUUGAGGGCCUCCGCGACCGUGAACUCAUCACAAAUAAAAUGUUUGAAGAUUCUCAAGAUUCUUGCAGAAACCUGGUUCCUGUACAGAGAGUGGUGUACAAUGUUCUCAGCGAACUGGAGAAGAUAUUUAGCCUGCCAGUUCUGGAAGCACUGUUCAGCGAUGUCAAUCUGCAGGAAUACCCCGAUUUAAUUCACAUUUAUGAAAGCUUCAAAAAUGUAAUCCAAGACAAAUUGCCUCUCCGAGAAAGUGAUGGAGAAGAGAGGGAGGAGAGGCCUGGCAUCCAACUAAGUCUUGAACAAGGAACUGGUGAAAACUCUUUUCGAAGCCUGACUUGGCCCCGUUCGGGUUCCCCAUCUCACGAUGGUACAACCCCACCUGAAAAUGGACUCUCAGAGCACCCCUGUGAAACAGAAGAGAUAAAUGCAGAGAGAAAAGGUACAACCAGUGACAAAAAUGGUUCGCUAGGAAGCCAACAAACAAAUGAACAACGUGCCCAAAAGGCUGAGCCAACAGAGUCCUGUGAACAAGUCGCUAUCCAAGUGAAUAAUGGGGAUGCUGGAAGGGAGAUGCCCCGCCCAUUGCCCUGUGAUGGAGAAGGGGCAGAGCCACACACCCAUGGAAUCCAAAUUAAUUCCUGUUCUGUGCGACUGGUGGAUAUAAAAAAGGAAAAGCCGUAUUUUACUUCAAAUGCUGAAUGCCAAGCCCAGGCAUCUGACAUAAUAGUCAUCAGCAGUGAGGACUCUGAAGGAUCCACCGAUGUUGAUGAGCUCCCAGAAUUCUUCAUCUCACCACUGAGAAAUGAGCCUGUGAUCAAUAAUGACAACUCUUUAGAAUCAAAUGAGGAAAAGGAGGGCCAAGAAGAAGCCACUUGCUCACGACCCCGGACUGUACCAGAGCCCACAGAUUACAGAAAAUCAUCUAUAUUCAGAGAAACGUUUAGGAAAAGAGUGAUAGGACAAGACCACAACUUUUCAGACUCCAGUGAGGAGGAGGCGCUCCCAGAAGUCUCAAGCGGGGCACUGAGAAGCAAGCAUGGUGAGAAGGAUCGUGUGACUUCUAGAAGUACAUCUACUUGGGGAAUACCUAACAGGAAGAGACGUUUCAGCAGCAGUGACUUUUCAGAGCUGAGUAAUGGAGAAGAGCUUCAGGAAACCUGCAGCUCAUCCCUAAGACGCGGGUCAGGAUCAGAGCUACAAGGACCUGAAAAUGAGAAGUGCCCCUGUGUCAUGUGUUUUCCAAAAGGUGUGCCAAGAAGCCAAGAAGCAAGGACUGAAAGUAGUCAAGCAUCUCAUACAAUGGAUACCAUGGAUGUUGAAAACAAUUCUACUUUGGAAAAACACAGUGGGAAAAGAAGAAAAAAGAGAAAACAUAUAUUUAAAGCAAAUGGUCUCCAAAGAGGGAGAAAGAAACACAGACCUAGAAAACACUUAACUCGGAAAAACAAAGUCCCAAAGGAAAGACGGCAACCAAGAGGAAGAAAAACCAACAAUAGACCUUUGAAAAGAAGAAGAAAAAGAGGUCCAAGAAUUCCCAGAGAUGAAAAUAUUAAUUUUAAACAACUUGAACUUCCUGUGACCUGUGGUGAGGUGAAGGGCACUCUAUAUAAGAAGAAAUUCAAACACGGAAUCUCAAAGAAGUGUAUACAGAGUGAGGAUGAAAGGUGGUUCACUCCCAGGGAAUUCGAAAUUGAAGGAGGCCGCAAAGCAUCCAAGAACUGGAAGCUAAGUAUACGCUGCGGUGGAUACACCCUGAAGUUCCUGAUGGAGAAAGGAUUUCUGCCAGAACCAUCAAGCACAAGAAAAAAGAGAAUACUGGAGUCUCACAACAAUACCUUAGUUGACCCUUAUGAGGAGCAUGAGAAGAAGAACCCAGAUGCUUCAGUCAACUUCUCAGAAUUUGUUAAGAAGUGCUCAGAGAUGUGGAAGACCAUUUUUGCUAAAGAGAGAGGAAAAUUUGAAGAUAUGGCAAAGGCGGACAAGGCCCGUUAUGAAAGAGAAAUGAAAACCUGUAUCCCUCCUAAAGGGGAGAAAAAAAAGUUCAAGGAUCCCAAUGCACCCAGGCGUCCUCCUUUGGCCUUUUUCGUGUUCUGCUCUAAGAAUCGCCCAAAAAUCAAAGGAGAACAUCCUGGCCUAUCCAUUGAUGAUGUUGUGAAGAAACUGGCAGAGAUGUGGAAUAACACUGCUGUAGCUGACAAGCAGCUUUAUGAAAAUAUGGCUGCGAAGCUGAAGGAAAAAUACAAAGGAAAGCCUAAUUCAGCAAAAAAAGGAGUUGUCAAGGCUGAGAAAAGCAAGAAAAAGAAGGAAGAGGAAGAAGAUGAAGAUGAAGAAGAAGAUGAUGAUGCAUAAGUUCGUUCUAGCGCAGUGUUUUUCUUAUCUACAAAGUAUUUAGGCCACCUGUACACAACUCACUCCCUUUAAAGAAAAAAACUUAAAUGUAAGACUGUGUAAGAUUUGUUUUUAAACUGUACGCUGUCUUUUUGUGUAUAGUUAACCACUACCGAAUGUGUCUUUAGAUAGCCCUGUCCUGGUGGUAUUUUCAAUAGCCACUAACCUUGUCUGAUACAGUAUGGGGGCUGUAAAUCGGCAUGGAAAUUUAAAUCAGGUUCUUGUUGGUGCACAGCACAAAUUACUUUUAUAUGAGGAUGAUAGUUUUUUCAUCUUCACUUGUCUCUGAUGCAGGUUAUACAAAAUAAUUGUUGUUCUGUUAACUGAAUACCACUCUGUAAUUGCAAAAAAAAAAAACAAAAAACAAAAAAACAAAAAAAAAA